AUGCCGAUCGGCAUCCAGCGGCUCAAUGCGAAGCGCUCGCACCCAAAUGAUCGCAUCAUCUUCAUCAAACCGCUUAAGGGCCCAGGCGAGAAAAUCGCCCAGGACUAUCUGGAGAGAAUUGCGGCGCAAUGCCUACCCAUCAUGAAAGAAAACCACCUAUCGGUGAUGUCAUUGGAAGAGUAUGAGCCGAACCCUGAGUUUGUCGGAAGAAACUUCAAUGCCGGCGAAAUCGUGCAGCUGGUUCUCAAGUCGCGCUCUGGGAGAUGGCUUCCCUUUGAGUAUGUCCAGAUGGUCAUGAUGCACGAAGCAUUUUGGGCCGUCAGGAAUCAGUACGCCGAGCAGAUGAGAGGCUUAUGGCGGCGAGGCUACACCGGCGAGGGCAUCUGGGGUCGUGGCACCUUGCUGCAGACGGGCGAAUUCCAGAACAACGUGGCACUUCCUAGCGAGCCACUGCCGGAGCAUCUCUGUGGCGGAACAUAUCGCUCGCGUGGUCGCAAGAGGAAGGCCAAGCCCAAGCUCUUCUACAAAGAACAGAAGGAACGUCGGAUUCUCAAGAAGUUUGGCGCAAACGGCGUUGCGCUCGGUGCGGAUGAGGAGACGAAGGUCAAGCUGGAGGGCGGCAAGCGCACUCAAGCAAAACCUCGCGUGGCUGGGAGUGCCAGAGGCCGCGAAUUACGAGCAGCGGCAGCAUUGGCGCGCUUCGACCAGCAGAAGAAGGAACCUCAGGAGGACUUCAUAGUCAAAGACGAGGAGGACAGCACGGAGAGCGAGUACGAGGACGACCCGGUGGAUAUCAAGUCCGAGGACGCCGUUGAUAUCGACGGCAGGAAGAUGCUUGACGGCAAGGGUCGCGGGAUGAUAAAGGUCUGCGAGGACGAGAACCCUGACGAUCAGGACGCGCAGACUGAGCUCCUAGAGCUGCGCGCAUCCGUCAAACAGUGGCGACAAACACAUCUCAGUUUCAAACGCGAAGACGAGCCCUCGGCAUCGGCAGCUCAAGCUAAAGCAAACAAGCCAAAGCAAGAGAAGCGAAAUACCACGACGGAUCGAGUCUCAAAGCAAACAUCCCCGCCGAGAGUCAAAAAGGAAGAAGGCGUUGAAGACGAGCCAGUGCCGAUUUCGGAGAUUGAGAGCGCACCACCGCCGGUCAAGAGAGAAGCAGAUGACGAUUCGCGGCCAUUGCCAGCCGGCCGUCCGAGCUCGCCGAUGCGUCCGUUAUCAGUUACCGAUCACACAAGAGCAGCGCCUUCGUAUAUCCGCUGUGGAGUGUGCUCUUUUGAGAACCCGCUCCUCUCGAUAACCUGCGAGAUUUGCUCCCACGUGUUUGACCCGGCAAGCGUGCCGAACUCCUGGCGGUGCGACCGUGAGCUGUGCCAUAGCACUCAACAUGUCAACCCCGGCGACUUCGGGGUCUGCGGAUUAUGCGGCCAAAGAAAGAAGCAAAACUGA